AUGUGCCAUACCAGCUGCUCCUCAGGCUGCCAGCCAGCCUGCUGCAUGUCCAGUCCCUGCCAGGCAUCCUGCUGCGUGCCUGUGGGCUGCCAGUCCUCCGUGUGUGUGCCCGUGAGCUUCAAGCCAGUUGUGUGCGUGCCUGUGAGCUGCCAGUCCUCUGUGUGUGUGCCUGUGAGCUGCCAGCCUGUUGUUUAUGUGGCUCCCUCCUGCCAGUCCUCCGGGUGCUGCCAGCCCUCCUGCGCCAGCUUCCUCUGCAGACCCAUCUCCUGCGGCAUCCCUUCCUGCUGUUGACCAUGAAUCUCCAGACCCGCUGCUCCCAGUGCAGAUGAGGCCACACCUGCACACUCCCCGGAUGAGUCCUCAGUUGGUCUUCUGCACACGGGGCAGGUGAAAAGCAUGCUCAGUGAACCCUCUGAAUUCUGGAUCGAGAAUAUGACAGAAUGAUCUGGAGCCCUUGCUGACCUUGCCCAUCCCCCCAGGGAAGUCCGGGGAUCCCAGAGUCAUUCUCUGACCCCACGAGAGCCAAAUAAACCAGCUUUCCCUAUGCAGCUCUGCGUUUCUGGUCUUUCUUUUUUAUUUCCAUACUUCCUGCUGUCUAUUCUGCUGAUUACAUAGAAUUUGCUGCUAAACCCUCUUCAGUGAUCCCUUCACACAGUCCUCAUC